AUGAGUGAAGAAGCAGGACAAGAGUCGCAGCUCCGGCGAAGGACGUCAAUCACUCUACCACCACAAUGGCUCUCUGGGGCCACGAGUGCACCAAAAGUUGUCUUCAUCACUGGAGCUUCGUCCGGACUCGGACUUGCUCUUGUUCAGAAGUUCUUUGAAGCGGGUUAUAAGGUGAUAGCGUCGUGUCGUAAUCCGGAUGAUUCUUCCGCUCUUGGGCAGUUCUUGAAGGAGAACGGAUUGCAUUCAGCAGUUCCCAUGUGUGUAGGAGAUCUGGAUUCUGUGAAAGCUGCUUAUCUUGCUACGAGAGAACUCACUUCAUCUAUUGACAUAUUGAUCAACAAUGCCGGUGUUCUUAAUUUCAACCACUCCCCCUACGAUCCCGUCAUGGAGAUCAGCGCCAGUGAAAUGAUGGACGUGUACAGAGUCAACGUCGCCGGUUGCUUGAAUGUGACGCAAGUCUUCAUGCCUCUGGUUCAAGCCUCCUACCGCCACCCGACCAUCCUCAACAUCAGCUCUCCAUUGGGGUCUCUUGGCCUCAACCAAGGCGGCUACUUGGCGCCGUAUCGGUGCUCCAAAGCCGCCCUCAACAUGCUCACUAAAACCUUUGCCUCUGAAAUGCCGUCCGUUAUCUUUCUGGCUGUCGCCCCCAGACAGUGGGACCAUGUGCCUCGCGACGCGAUAUCAUUAGCGUCCUAUGGCUCCUACUGUGGUGGACUUGGUCGACAAGCUGGGGAAAUCAAACAGGACCUGCGGUAUCAUGAGGAAGCGGAAGGCCAGGAUUCUUUGGGCUGUGCAGCUGCGCAAGGCAUCGUUGAGUUGGUGGCGAAGCACAAGAAGGAGAUAUCUGGCUCAUUUGUGUACACUGACGGAGAACUGGUGGGAUUUUGAGGAUGAAUUCCUGGCAUUUCCUCUUUUUUUAUUGACCCAGGAGUGUCCUGACUUUUUAAUCAAAGACGCAUGCGUAAUAAUUGGGUCUGAUUUUCUUUUUUUUUUGCCCAAUGGCAUGAAGUACAGUAGUAGGACGAGUCUUAUGUAUUGAAACCGAAAUGAGAUAUUGACUAAGACGUGUUCUUCGGGGUGUCACGGAUGUGCAAUUUGAAAUGCUAAUCAUAGGGAUUUUGAUGUAAAUGAAGAUUUUUCCUAUGCCGGAAA